AUGGUAGCUGUAAACGCACAGUUAGAGGCUAUGAGUAAGAAGAUGGAUGCUUUGACUAUGUCUUCAUCUGGAAGACAGGUGCAGGUUAUGACUUGGGCUAGCAAUAGUGUGAUGCCUUAUAAAUUGUUUAAGAAACUAGGACUAAGAGAACCUGAACCAAAUUUCAUGAGUAUUCAGCUAGCUGACAAAUCUGUUGUAUACCCUAAAGGUAUAAUUGAGGAUGUCUUGGUUAAGAUUCAAGAGUUUAUUUUUCUUGUGAAUUUUGUGAUCAUUAAUAUGGAUGAGGAUGUUGAUGUUUCCCUUAUCCUUGGUAGACCCUUUCUUGCUACAGCUAGAUCCGUUAUUGAUGUUCAUGAUGGUAAGCUCAUUCUUAAGGAUUGUGUUAAAACGGAAAGAGAGCCACCAAAAAAGCAAGAAGAUGGCAUGGACAUUCCUCUAGUUAAAGAUGAAUAUGCUCAUAGAAGAUCAAAUGGUAAGAACAAGAGAGCCAUGAUCAUCCUCCAUAGCUCCAUAUCUAGAGAGAAAUGUGAGAGAGCUCAACAUCUUCCCACUGCAUACAAGGCUCCACCACUCAAGGACUAUGGUUCAAGAGUGACAAGUGUUGAAGAAGCGAAUGAGGACUUGGGGAAAGUGUCAACAGAUGAGCUACUUGACAAAUUCUUAUCCAUGAGAUGCUCUUAA